AUGGCUGCUCAUCAAAUAUGCUUACAAGUAUGGUUGGCUGUAUCUCUCCUCACAGAUGCAUUGGUGGCAUCUGGUCAGGCAUUGAUUGCAAGUUCUUAUUCAAAAGGUGAUUACAGAACUUCGAGGGAGGUUGCAAACUUUGCGUUAAAGGUUAGUCAUUCCUAUAGGAUUGCUCACAAGGUUUCCUUGGCUGCAAUUUUGGGUUUAUCUUUUGGUUCUUUAGCCACCUUAUUCACUAAGGAUGCUGAAGUCUUAGGAGUUGUCAGAACUGGGGUUUUGCGUUUCCUGAAAUUGUUACAGUUUGUCAGUGCCAGCCAACCUGUAAAUGCUCUAGCUUUUAUUUUUUAUGGUCUCCAUUAUGGUGUUUCAGACUUCCCAUAUGCAGCUUGUUCCAUGAUGGUGGUAGGGGCAAUAUGUUCUUCAUUUCUGCUAUAUGUUCCUUCAAUUUUUGGUCUUCAUGGUGUGUGGGCAGGCUUGGCUCUUUUUAUGGGGCUGCGUACGUUGGCAGGAUAUAUCAGGUAAACUGUAGGAUAUUAUGACAUGUCUGUUGUCUCUUAAAAAUUUCUAUUAGCAAUUCGUGUUUUCUUGUCUAUGACGUGAUUAUUCUAUUUUUACCAUGAACCUCCAUUUCAGUUUAAUUGAAAACUGGUGUAAUAUGAGAGAUAGGGCAUUGGUUACGUUGUUUAGAGUUGGUUUUCCGAUAAAUAAUUUCAUGAACAUAUUUGUGGUUUAAAGGCAUG